UUACUUGGCAAGGCAAUGCCCGCAUUUUACCCCUCCCAACUUGUUGGGGGAUUCUGGGAGCUGUGAUGUUUAAAAAAGGAAAACUUUUUCAAGCUCUGCAUGUAACUAGAGCCAGGCUCUGGAAGUGUAAACUACAUUUCCCAGGCCGCUUUGCAGGCAGGAAGGGUUUGGGAGCCGGCAAAGCUUGUAUGCCUGCUGGACUCAGACCUCCUUCCCUGCUCAUGAUGGCCGAUUGGGCUCAAUCCCUUUUGGGCAUCAAGGGGCUGCUGCUGGAUGUCAGUGGGGUGCUUUAUGACAGUGGGGGAGAAGAAGGAGGCGGCGUCCCCAUCCCUGGAUCUAUAGAAGCUGUAAAGAAGAUCAAGGCAUCUGGUCUGAAACUGCGAUUCUGCACCAAUGAAACUCAAGCGACUCGGGAAAAGUUUGUAGAGAAGUUGCAGCGUUUGGGUUUUGACAUUGUAGUGAACGAAGUCACUGCUCCAGCACCAGCAGCCUGCCGAAUUCUGAAGGAACGUCAGCUGAGGCCACAUCUCCUUGUUCAUGAUGAUGUUCUCCCUGAAUUUGAAGGCAUUGACAAAUCAAGUCCAAACUGUGUGGUUGUCGGUGAUGCAGCAGACAAUUUUUCAUACAAAAAUCUUAAUGAUGCCUUCAGAGUUCUCAUUGGUCUGGAGAAUCCAGUACUGCUGUCUUUAGGAAAAGGUCGCUAUUAUAAAGAAACUGAUGGCCUGAAACUCGAUGUUGGAGUGUAUAUGAAAGCAUUAGAGUACGCCUGCGAUAUUCAAGCAGAAGUGGUAGGAAAGCCAGCCAAAAUGUUCUUCCAGUCAGCCUUGACAGAAAUGGGCAUUGAACCUCACCAGGCCAUCAUGAUUGGAGAUGAUAUUGUACACGACGUAGGAGGUGCCCAACAAUGCGGCAUGAAAGCUCUACAAGUACGGACUGGAAAAUACAGGCCUUGUGAUGAGCAACACCCAGAAGUGACAGCAGAUGGUUAUGUGAACAACCUUGCAGAAGCUGUGGAUGUGAUUCUCAAGCAACUGCAUAAAUAAAGAAAAUUGCCGCUGUCUUCUCUGCCAUGGCCUGGAAAACCUCCCAAGACCAAGAAAGCGCUGGUGAGAGUGAGGACAAUGCACUGGCAUUUCCGUCCUUCCUUCCUUCCUUCCUUCCUUCCUUCCUUCCUUCCUUCCUUCCUUCCUUCCUUCCUUCCUUCCUUCCUUCCUUCCUUCCUUCUCUCCCUCCCUCCCAAGACCCAAGACCUUCCUUCUCUCCCUCCCAAGAUCGAGAAAGCAAGGACAAUGCAUUGGCGUCUCCUUCCUUCCUUCACUCCCUCACUCUCCUCCAAUUGCAACAUGCACCCCUAGCUCCAGUUUUCCCUGCAUGUCUCGAGGCCCUUAUUUUAGGUCUUGUGGCCCACCAAUGGGCCGUGACUUAUACCAACCAGUUUACAUGUUUCACCAUGUGAGCAUAUAGAAAGAAUAAACCACGGGUUAGAGGUCAUAAGUCAGUGUGGCCUGGUUGUGAUUUUCAUUCUGUGUACAUUUCUGACCUAUAAAACCAUGGAGCUAUGUUUGGCCUUUCUACUCAUCAAGAUGUUGUCUGGAAGUCGUUCGCAUUCUCAACCACAUCUUCACCCAGAAGAGGAUUUGUACAAGAGUGUGCAGUGAUGAUUAAGGAAGCUGCACCUUAAGAACCAGUUAUCAGACAAGAUCAAUGCAGAGGAUGUGUUCCUUUACUUGACAAUGACAAUAAAGAAAAUGCCCAGCUUUUAAUCUCCAGAAAGGAAUCUCAAAGCAAGAUGAUUGGGGUCAGGAGCUUUUGGUUCCCUCAAAGAUGUUGGAUUACAUAUCCCAUUAUCACUGUGCUUGAGAAUAUGAAAACGGACUGAAUCCUAUUGCUACACCCAGCUUGCAUACAUCCAAUUGACUUUUCUAGUGUGGUGACUCACCAAUUAAAAAUUGAUUCCCUGGAUAGGGGAUCAAUUUUGUAGGAGGACCAACCAAUAGGAUUAAGCCCAAUAUCUGAUCCUCAACUGCUGUCAGAAAAUACCAGCUGUGCCUUGGCCUCCGUCCUUUCUCUAAGUGUUGGUAGCCAUUUAUUUUAAACUUGCAUUCUAACAACCUGAGACUCAGGAGGUUGCAAUGUUUCCUGUGUACCUGAGAGCUGGGCCAGCAUCAAAAAAGGCUGAAUGUGCCCUAUAUGCUGUUUGUACAGUAUUGCAUUAUGGGGUAGGUCUAUGUCUUUUGAAGGGGGAAUUGCCUUGGGAAUCAAUGGUGCUAAAGUUUUGCUGUAAAGUAACACCUUUUGCUUCCCCAAAGUCCUUCAGAUGCUGUUAUAACUGAAUAUUAAUGUCUUCACCACCUCCUAAAUAAAUAUCGGAUUGUGUGAUUGGCUGGAAUUUAGAGGGAAAGAUUAUUAUUACAGGGAGAGCAAGUCUGGUUUGGGCACUGGUCAGAAUAACCAGGUUCCAAGUUCCUGAAAAGCAAUGUGGAUUUUUCAAAUGCGAGUUAGGAAUAAAAUUCCACUGUCAGGAGUUUUUGAUUUUACUUUAAUAUUCAAGAUUUUGCAUCCAAAUUCUUCAUCAAAAUACCCCAGGUUUUUGCAGAAGAAAGAAUUAACUGAUGGCACAUUAUGCUUCAUUAAAACUGUUUUCAGUUGUCUACAUUUCCAAGUGUUUGUUAUACCUACAUGCUCAUGCACAUCACACAAUAGCUGAGAUUCUGCAUUGGGUCUGUGUAGUGUAAAUAUCAACACCUGAAGAUAUGCAUUGAUUGCAUUAUGUAGUCUUUGUGUUGAAUGGCAGUACUGCACAAUGGAAUGAGUUGACUGCUAAGAAUUUGAUUAGGUUCAGUUCAGUUGUUAUGUAGCCCCAGUACUUUAUCAUUGGCCAAGUGUCUACAUCAAAGUCUACAUUGCAUAACUUUAUGAAUCUGUAGCUGCUAUGCAAAAAUGCAAUAAAACUCUUAUUAAUUUUCUGAUGGACACUGGGUGCUUCUGAUAGAUAUUGAGUGCUUUUGAUGGACAUUGGGUGCUUUUGAUCCUGAUAAGCAUUGCAAACAUCUGCUGUGCAUUGGACACUGCUUAUGCUCAUUGGAGUGGAUGAAGGAUUAGGGGAAAUCCAACCCCAAAUAUGGAAACAAGCCAUCCAGGGAUAACUGGCUGCUCUAAACAAAUUCAAGAUCAACUACAUCCAAGAGUUUUGAAGGAACUAGUGGAAGUUAUUUCAGAACCACUGGCAAUCAUCUUUGAGAGUUCUUGGAGAACAGGAGAAGUCCCUGCAAAUUGGAGGAGGGCAAAUGUGGUCUCUGUCUUCAAGAAGGGAAAAAAGAACGACCCAAACAAUUACCGUCCAGUCAGCCUCACGUCAAUACCAGGCAAGAUUCUGGAAAAGAUCAUUAAGGAUGUGGUCUACAAACACUUAGAAAUGAAUAUGGUCAUCGCUAAUAAUCAACAUGGAUUUAUCAAAAACAAUUCAUGUCAGACUAAUCUGAUCUCUUUUUUCGAUACAAACUGGGUUGAUGCAGGGAACGCCGUGGAUAUAGCAUGCCUGGAUUUCAGUAACAGCUUCGAUGCUCAUUGGGCUUUUGUGAAACAUUUUAGGCAUUUCAGAUGAACAUUGGACAGUCCCUAUUACACCCCAUCAUCACCUAGCCAGUAUCCAAACACAGAUACAUUGGUGCCCAAUACGUAUCAAAGCCAUGGUGCCCCAAUCGCUCCACUGACUACAGUUGUACAAUGGACACGUGUUCAUCAUGUCAUGGCAGCCUGUAGGUGAAUGCAGAUGUUGCAAACUACUCAAUUCUAUUUCCUACACACCUAAUCGUAUUUACACAAAUAUAAGUCCCGUGCUAAAUUCCAGCCAUUAUCGUUAAUAAAAACUAGAGUAAUUGGCAAUUUUGAACAUGAAACACAAUAUAAACAUGAUCUUAAACAGAAACAAAUAAAUGAACAACCUACUUAAUUUGAGUUUGAACUUGCUGUUUUAUCAUCUGGAUUUCAACAUCCAGUUGUUGUGAUGCUUCUGAGCUUUAUUUGGAUCUGUUGUUCUUUCCUUCCUCCCAUACGCUUAAAACAUUCAAGAAGAUAUUCAUGGCAUUUGGCUCUUCAGCUCUACACAAAUAUAUUCUGUCAAUGUGGCCAGUGAUGAGAACUCACACAGUGUGUGCAGACAGAUCCUGUUCUCUUUUGAGUCUAAAAGCUUGUUUUCCUUCUGCUUCCCAGUACAGCAGAGUCUCACCUAUCCAAGCUAAAUGGACCGGCAGAAGCUUGGAUAAGCGAAUAUCUUGGAUAAUAAGGAGGGAUUAAGGAAAAGCCUAUUAAACAUCAAAUUAGGUUAUGAUUUUACAAAUUAUGCAUCAAAACAUCAUGUUUUACAACAAAUUUGACAGAAAAAGCAGUUCAAUACGCAGUAAUGUUAUGUUGUAAUUACUGUAUUUACGAAUUUAGCACCAAAAUAGCAUGAUAUAUUGAAAACAUUGACUACAAAAAUGGCUUGGAUAAUCCAGAAACUUGGAUAAGUGAGGCUUGGAUAAGUGAGACUCUACUGUACUUCCAAAAGGAAAAUGAACUAGUGUGUGUGUACCUUUGUCUGUAACGGAAUACAGUUCCUCUGAAAUAUAACUGCAGUAUUCAUUGUCUGCCUGCUAUCAAAGUACUAACCAAGGCAAAUCCCAUUUAGCUUCUAAGAUUAGGCAGGAUCUGGGACUUUUAGAGUACUUAGGUCCUCUAUACAGGGUCAUUUUUGCUGAGCAAGGCAGCCUGCAAGUGAAGAGGGCAUGUGAAGAAGGGCAGAGGAGAGAAAAGGAGAGACACUAUGACACCAUGAAUGUAUUGCAAUAGGCAGAGACAUAUUUCAGCCUUUCCCAAUCUGCUGUUCCACUGUUGCGCUGACAUCCCACCAUCCCCAAAUAGCUGGCUAUGCAGGAUGGAGACAAUCGUACUUGUAAUCCAUAGGAAAUAUGCUACCAGUGUGGAAUAGCAUGCUCAAACCAAUAUAAGAGAAUGAUAGCUUUAAUAUCCAUAUAGCACUACAUCUACCCCAAAAACAAGAUGGAAAGGUCUGGAAAACCCUCUAUAGAGUUGUAUGGCUCUGUCUGAUGUAGAGAAGUUAAAAUAUUGGAAAUAUUUAAAAUAAUUAGUGGCCUGUGACUGCCACUAAAAUCCAAGGAGGCAUUGUGUUUGCACUGGCAAACAUUCGGUGGUGUAACAUGUUAUAUCCCACACAUACACAUUUAAGUCUGGAAUUCUGGGUACAACUCAUGAACAGCUUCAUUUCCUUCAAUGCUUCUGUGAGAAUGAAGCCAAAGAAAUGGGAGGUAGUGCUACGGGUUUUCUUUCCAAGGCACUAGGAAAUUCUACAUAUAGAAAAAUAUUCAAAAUUAGGUUAUGAUUUUACAAAUUAAGCACCAAAACUUCAUGUUAUACAACAAAUUUGACAGAAAAAGUAGUUCAAUACGCAGUAAUGUUAUGUUGUAAUUACUGUGUUUACGAAUUUAGCACCAAAAUAUCAUGAUGUAUUGAAAACAUUGUCUACAAAAAUGGCUUGGAUUAUCCAGAGGCUUGGAUAAGCGAGGCUUGGAUUAGUGAGACUCUACUGUAUAUACAGGAUGUUUGAAAAAGAACGCCCUAUUCACCAUUUAAUUUAAAUGGUGAAUAGGGAGUUCUUUUUCAAACACCCUGUAUAGUCUACAAAAGCUUAUGGUACAACUUCCUUCUCUCAGUCUCUAAGGUGCUACAAGACCCCUUUGCAUACUGGUGCUCUUUGCUUGUUCUCCAGAGCCAUCUGUUCUCACCUCCUACAAGUUUGAAUGCCACAGCAGCUAGGAGGAGAGAGACUGGAAUAAAGUGGGAUUUAGGCAGGAGGGAAUCCUCUCUAUAUGAGGAACAAGCUAUAAGAAGAAUUACGGUAAGUGAUAAUGGUGUGUAGGAUGCGCAUGACGGCUUAGCGGGUGAGAAUUAGAAAGAAAAAACAACCCAACCCCAUUCCAAUUCUUAUUCUUCAUUAUGCGGUAGAGUUUCCAAUGACAAAAACGUAUGAACAUAAUAUCAGUCUUAAGAGAUACACAUAAGGAUUGCCUGGUCCAGCAUUUCUCAACGUGGGGGUCGGGACCCGUGGGGGGUCACGAGGGGGUGUUAGAGGAGGCACCAAAGACUAUCAGAAAACACAUAUUAAUUCACAGUGCUCUCCAGAGACAGGUGAACUACAUCUCCCCUAAAUCACGGUCAAUUCCUCCAAAUCCCUCCAGUGUUUUCUGUUGGUCAUGGUGGUUCUGUGUGGGAAGUUUGGCCCAAUUCUAUCAUUGUUGGAGUUCAAGGGGCUCUUUGAUUGUAAGUGAACUAUAAAUCCCAACAACUACAGCUCCCAAAUGUCAAGGUCUAUUUUCCCUAUAAUCCCCCAGUGUUCACAUUUGGGCAUAUUGAGUAUUCGUACCAUGUUUGGUUCAAGAUCCAUCAUGGUUGAGUCCACAGUGCUCUUUGGAUGUAGUUAAACUACAAUUCCAAAACUCAAGGUUAAUGCCUACCAAACCCUUCUAGUAUUUUCUGUUGGUCAUGGGAGUUCUGUGUGCCAAGUUUGGUUCAAUUGCAUCCUUAGUGGAGUUUAGAAUGCUCUUUGAUUGUAGGUUAACUCUAAAUCCCAGCAACUAUAACUCCCAAAUGACAAAAUCAACCCCCCCCCCCAACCCCACUAGUAUUCAAAUCUGGGCAUGUCGGGUAUUUGUGCCAAAUUUGGUCCAGUGAAUGAAAAUGCAUCCUGUAAUGUAAAUACAGUACAAUUCAUAACAGUAGCAAAAUUAGUUAUAAAGUAUCAAUGGAAAUAAUUUUAUGGUUGGAGGUCACCACAAUAUGAGGAACUAUAUUAAGGGGAAUUAAACCACUAGUUUAGUCAAUGGCGGCCAUGAAGCCAUCUGAGAGUUUUGAUAAUUGUGUUGCAUUGACUAUACCCGCUUUGUAUAAUCUAUAAGUUUUUUUCUUUCUUUUACAAAAUGGGAUAAAUUGCUGACUACGAAUCUAAAGGUGGGAUAGUGCAGUUUGAUUCUGCACCAAUGGAUUCAACCAUCCAUGGCUUGAAAAAACAUUCUGAAAAAUCCAGAAUGCAAACCUUGAUUUUGUACUUUUAUAUAAGGGGCACCAUUUUACUUCACCUUUGUUUAUAAUAGGACUUAAGCAUCUACAGAUUUUGGUAUCCAGGGGGAUUCUGGAAACCAAUAGCCCACUGUAGUUACAAGAGAAACCUUUCUGCAUCCAAACCUUUUGACCAAAUAGGGAAGAAAUUUAGCAAAUGUAGAUGGUUUCUUGGUGAUCACAAAAACACAGGCAAAGCAGAAAUAUUACGGAAUCAGAAAGCUUUAUUUACACAGUCAAAGUAACAAGUAAAUUCCUGAGACUGAGCUGCUCUAUAGUGCAAUAAGGUCAUUUGAGAGAGUACAAAUCAGCAGUCUUAAAAAAAAAUUCAGGUCAAGGAACAGUCUUCAGUAAUAGCAAAUUUUGAACAAAUGUAACACCAAUUACAGAGCUGACUUUGUCAAUAUGUUUGCGUCUGUGCAAUUACUAGUGACAGAGAGAAACACACACACACACUUGUGCACAUGCACACAUCCACAUCCAUACAUUAAAUGUUACCAGAGUUCAUGGUUUCGAAAAGGCUUUUUGGCCAAUCAAUAUCUUUUAAUUCAUUGGUUUUUUUUUCAAACAUGAAAAACAUGAAUGCUGGAAAACACAGCUAUAAUCCUAAAAAUAUCAUCCUGUCCUGUUCAAAAAGGAUCACCCCAAAAUGCACUUGAAAAACAAUGUCACUUGUCAAAGAUAGGUUAUCUUAUGAAAAAUUACAAUCAAACCCAGAAAUAUAUCCUUUCUGGUGAUAUAUCUUAACACUUCAUGAGAACUGUUACAAAGAGCAGUCAUGACUACAGAUGCUUGACAUAAUUCCUGUAAGCAAGUUCAUCCAUGCUAAGACAAAGAGAAGGCACCCUGCAGAUGUCUUUCGCUUGAACUUGUUCUUAGAAAGGACUAUUGAUUCUGCCAACAUUUAAUGCUAUUGUCAUGAAAAGUCCACAGUCCAGAUUGAUCCAAGCUCCAAACAAGCCACGGGUCUUGUCUCCCUGUUUAUUAGACUUUACUGCUGAGCAAAUAAAUGUAUUUGUCCACAGAGAACGUCAGCAAUAAGAUUUGUGAACUUGGCAGGUAUCUGCUAGAAGACCAAGUGAUCUGUGUCAUAUUGGGUAAGUCCAGAAGGAAUCCAGUGAUCCCUAUUAGAGGGAUCCAGUGACUUUUCAGGUGGUGUGGGUUCUCUGUAAUCCAGUUGAGUUUCUUUUAUUUUCUGAUGAGCAAUAAUCUAAAGGAUGUCCCCAAGUAUGGGGCACAUACUACACAUUUCAGGCAUUUCAUUUUGUGUGCGUAUAUUUUACACACGCACGCACGCGCGCACACACAUUCAUAAAUCCACAAUGUUUAAUUUCUUUUUUUUUUAAGUAAGGCUUUCAAAAACUCAAUUCAGUACAUAAAAUCAUAAAAAACCAAAAGCAGUACAAUCCAAUGAAACAUCGCCUUGGCCUAACUUGAGGCGAAUAAGUAUUAUUGUGUCUAUGCAGAUGUGUCCACUGUAAGGCCAUUAUUCAGUGAAUCAUCUUUACUAAGGCAAAGAGAGUUUACUGCUGAGUAAAUGCUACUCUACAGCUAGAAGAGUUGGGUAGUGGUCCAUUUUGGGCACUUUCCUACUCUGUGAAUUUAACUUGUUGUAGGUAGCAGCCUUUUUGUUUAUUUGUUUGUUUGUUUUAAAGCCCUUAUGAAUUUAAAGUGUGAGGAUAGGAAAAUGCCAUCUCUGUAGAACUAAUGGCAAACUGAGCUGCCAUAAAUCAAGUUCUAUGCAAAUCAGGCCUAAAAACACUGAGACGCUUUCCCAAAAGGCAUCAAACUAAAUGGCACAAGAUGUAUUUUAUGUGGACAUUCCCACAUAUAGAUACUAGGUGCCCUUUAUACUAUAUAAAAUUAUAUCACUAUGAUUCCACUUUAACUGCAAAAACUAUAAAGACCUGGGCACUAGACUUCUCUGGCUAUGAAUUCCAGGUACCGACCAAACUAUUAAUGCCAGGAUUUCAUAGCACAGAACUACGGCAGUUAAAGUGGAAUCAUAGUACCAUAGUUGUGUUGUGUGAAAGGAACCCUCAGAUUAGGAAUAGUUACUUCAACUGUAAAGUAUUGUGCUAAAGAAAAAUAUGACCAUUCACUAGAGAGUAGAAGACGUUUUGGAGAAAUCUAUGCAAUCCAAGCUGCGGAAAGUCUUGCCACUUCAGGAGCAUGCAAUAAAUGAGAGGUAAACAGGACUGUUGAACCCCAACUAAGUUGGUUGCGUUCUUACCCUGUUUAUUUCAAUGGGAUCUAAACUAAGUAACUAUCCCGCACAACCAUAUAAAUGAAUUCAAUUAACUGCCAUGUAAGCAUACAAAGGAUUGCAGACUGAAUCCAAUCCACUGCUUGCAACUAUCGUAAUAGAAGUUGAUGUAGUUCUGCAUGAUGAUGGUAAAGGUUACACAGUGUUGUUAUUUUCAAAGAAUAGCUGAGAAAAGGAAGGAAAGGUGCACUUUCUAUCUAUAUGAUGAUUCAGAAGAGCUAAGAAAGUAUCAAAUGUGUAUUAUUUCCAUGGUCAAUGCUCACUACACUGAAGCUGAAAAGAUGUCCAGGUUCCGAAAUUAAAAAGUUUUAUAGUAGAAAAAUGGAAGGGGGAAACUGGAUUCGCCUUCAGUGUGCUUAACCUGCAAGCAUCUUUCUUUAAAUGGUCAAAAAUGCUAAGGAAAUUAUGACCAUAGCAAACCACCAUAGUGAUGUGGUUGACAUUUAGAACUAGAGGGUUUAAGAUAUUAACAUUGCCAUCUCAGAACUUCUCAGAGACCUCUCCAAAGCUCAGCCUCAGCUUGGGCACAGCUCUCCCACCAACCCCACCAUCUUUAUGGUGGUGAGUAGAUAGGUUGCUGUUGAACCUCCAUGAAGCAGUACCUCCAUAGUAGAUGUUAAGACCCACUACAUAAUCAGAAUCCCACAAUCUGGGAGACUUUGCGGAAAGGAGAAGCAAUACGGUUCGUAGGGGGCAUGCAGGAGGGAAGCCUUAUUUAAUUUCUGAACAUUAUCAGUGACAAAACUACAAGAUAUGAACAGAAUGAAUCUUUCAAAAAAAUCAAACUGAGGUCUGAUUAGACUGAAAUUUAGCUCAAUUUGGGGAACUCCAUCCCAAAUCACGCCUAAGGUGGCUUUUGUCAGUAAACCACCUGUCUGUUUUGGAAACAGCCAUGUUAACUUGUCAUAUGCCAAAAAAAAAAAAAACCACUGUGAGCAUACAGUACAGUCCUUUAGAGAAGAUCAAGGUUAACAGUUGUGUUCACCAGGUUGCUCCGUGGCACCAAAAUGCAGAAUUCAGACUUAAAGCAAACCCUCCCUAAUGAAUGAUUAUUUCAUUACAACAUUUUUUUGGCUUGAACAUUAUGCGAGUAUGAACUAGGGAGGAAAUAAAAGAAAUCAACAUAGGAAUAAACAAAAAAUAAACACAAACUUGUGCAGUCUGACUAGACAUUUGUAAAGCUACAACUUGGAUGGAAACUACUGAGAUGUUUCAUGCCACAAGCAUCUUACACCCCAGUAGGAAAAAAAAGUGCAGAAAAAUAGGGUGCUGUUUCUUU